CCAGCCAGGCGAGCAGUACUUGACGUCAGAUCGCUGGGCCCCGACGAUGAACGGCGUUAAAUCGCGGAGCUGAUUUGAAUCCACCCAAUCGUCACACCGGCCACUCUUCUUCCUCUUCCUCUUCCUCUUCCUCCGCUUCGACGCCACGGCUCGACGACUCUUUUGAUGCGUGUGAGCUGCUUCUUCUCGCUUCUGCUUCAAGAAAGGUCGUCGCCGCUGGGCUCCGCUGCUGCCUUCCUUUUCGCUCUUCUCUUCGCUUUCCAGAAGCGUAAAGACGACUGCUCUGAAGUCGACGGCGACAGCGCCGGAGCCGUUUCUUUUCCUUUCAUACAAGAACCAGAACGAUCGCCGGAGCGAAUCAUGGUGGAAGAGCACGAGUUUGUCGCCGCAACGGCCGAUAGAUCAGCGGAUCACUGGCUCUCCCGCGCGAAUCUCCUUGUCCCUGUCGCCCUCGAGAAGUCCCGGUCUGCCAAUGGCUUCGUCUUGCGCUGGAAAUCCAUCGCUGAGAAGAUCGAGCGCGUGCCCUCCUCCCUCUCUGACCUUUCCAGCCACCCCUGCUUCUCGCGCCACGCUCUUUGCCGCGAGCUGCUCCAGUCCGUUGUGGCCUCCUUGUCCGAGACUGUUCAAUUGUCUGACCGAUGCCUCGGGGCUGAUGGCGUCGCUUCCGUCGGCAAGCUCCAGAUGCAGAGCGACCUAGACGCCCUAGUCUGCAAGCUUGACCUCAACCUUCGUGACUGCGGGCUCCUCGUCAAAACCGGCGUCCUAGGCGAAGCGGCUCUCCCUCCGGCUACCGCCUCGCCGGUGGCGGAUGCCACCAGCUGUAAUCUGCACGAGCUACUCGUUCGCCUCCAGAUAGGGCACGCCGAGGCAAAGCAUCGAGCUUUGGAUGGGUUGCUCGAGGCGAUGCGGGAGGACGAGAAGAGCGUGAUGACAGUUUUGGGACGCAGUAACAUCUCCGCCCUCAUACACAUGUUGACAGCCACAUCCCCCAAAGUGAGAGAGAAAGCCGCCACUGCGGUUUCCUUGCUCACUGAGUCAGGGAACUGUGAGAAUUUGCUUGUCUCCGAAGGGGCGUUGCCAUCUCUGAUCAGGCUUCUGGAAUCAGGGAGCUUAGUAGCACGAGAAAAAGCAGUGAUUUCCCUUCAAAGGCUGUCCAUGUCCGCCGACACUGCCCGUUUGAUUGCCAGCCAUGGUGGUAUUCGCCCGUUGGUAGAAGUGUGCCAAAUAGGGGACUCCAUCUGCCAAUCGGCUGCCGCCGGUGCACUUAAGAACCUCUCUGCAGUUGCAGAAGUGAGGCAGUGCCUCGUGGACGAGGGAAUUAUUAAGAUUAUGAUCAAUCUUCUUGAUUGUGGAGUUGUUUCCGGCUCUAAAGAUUAUGCAGCUGAAUGUUUGCAGCAUCUGACAUCUAGCAAUGAGAAUUUGAGGAGAUCAGUUGUAUCAGCUGGAGGAAUCCGGUGCCUUAUUGCAUAUCUGGAUGGCUCCCUGCCGCAGGAAUCAGCAGUCUCUGCAUUGAAAAAUCUGGUUGGUUCUGUAUCCAAGGAUGCUCUGAUUUCGCUUGGUCUGCUUCCUUGCCUUGUUCAUGUGUUAAAACAUGGAUCCUUGGGGGCGCAGCAGGCCGCUGCAGCUGCCAUUUGUAAGUUUUCCAGCUCAGUGGAGGCCAAGAGAAUCGUCGGAGAGUCUGGAUGCAUUCCUUUGCUUGUAGAAUUACUCGACGCAAAGACCGAUGGCGCAAGAGAGGUGGCUGCUCAAGCUAUAGCUAGCCUGAUGAUUCUUCCUCAUAAUUGUAGGGAUGUCAAGAAGAAUGACAAAAGUGUGCCAAAUUUGGUUCAGUUGCUCAAUCCCAAUCCCCAGAACACAGCAAAGAAGUAUUCAGUCUCCUGUCUCCUAAUCUUGUCGUCAAGCAAAAGGUUGAAGAAGAUGAUGAUUUCAUACGGCGCUAUUGGCUAUCUCAAGAAACUGUCAGAUAUGGACGUUCCCGGCGCAAAGAAGUUGCUUGAGAGAUUGGAACGACGCUGUCUUCGCGGCUUGUUCACCAGGAAAUAGUCUGAAAAUUCUGUCCAUCUGCUUGGUAUUCCUUGAGUUCUAUGUUUCACCAUCUCUUUGAAGCAUAAACUCAAAUGGCAUGUAAGCUCAAAUAUAAACCUGCACUCAUCACAACUCUGUCAUGUGUUUCAACCUUGCUGUUUCAGGUUACGUUGAACAAGUCAGUAGCUUCUCGUAUAUUUCAUUUGUGCUUUCUUCAAUUUAUUUAUCGUCUGUUAAAUUAGCUAUAAGACAUAAAUUGGUUGGGCAGGCUAGAGUGGAAUUAUUCAAACUGGUUUAGAGAGGCAAAAUUGAAAGAAAACAGCUGGUAGGAUGGCCUUUUGAUAAUGAAUUAAAAGGAUGUGAUGUCCCUUUUAAUCUUUACUGUCUAUAAUGACUAUUUAGGCACCAAUCUUUGGAUUGAAAGAUUUGGUUGAGAAUGAUAAUUGAGGACUGUAGUACCUAAAGAGAGGACACUUGAAACAGAUUGAAGUUAGCUGUCAGUGUGCUAGAAACAAUCAGAAGGGUGAGUUUAAUACUCUAACUAGUU